GAAACGGCCGAAGCCGGCACCAGCUAGACGCCAACCUACACCAGGACGGAGGGAAAGAUCUCAUUCAUGAACGGUGAUUGAUGGCGGAUUGAUGAAGAUGAGUCAGCUUCGCAUCUCCUGCCCGCAGCUGCGGACUCGCUGUGCGCCUCUGCGGCAUCUUCCCACCCAUCCACUCACCCUGAUUCAUCGCGUGCCCGUCACUCCCGCCCUGAUCCAUCACAUUCGCGCCUUCUCAUCGUCGGGCCACUCGGAGCCCUCCCUCUCCCUCCAGCAGACGCUCGAUAUCGUGGCGCAGCAGCAGCGGCUCACCCCGCCCGAGUACCUCGCCAGCCUCAAUCAGGUGUUCAACGCCGCUCUCAAGGAGAACAGCGGCACCUUCUGGGACGACCAUCGGUUCACGGCCUUCCAGGCGAUGCUCGUCAAGCGCCUGCCUGCGUUCGGGGGCGCUGACGUCUACCGAGUGCUGACGGCCUACGCCAGGCUGCAGUACUGCCCGGAGGGGACGCUGGAUGACCUGUGUGCGGCGCUGGUCGAGAAUUUGGGCGAGUUGUCGGUGCUGCAGCUCAGUCAUACGGCGGUGAUACUGUCGGCGCUCGAGGUGACUGACCCAACCGUGCUGGAAAGCUAUUGCCAGGUGAUCAACAACACUGAGAGGCCAUCAAUCGCUCACCGUUUGUUGACAGUCUGGUUUGCUCUCUUUGUGUGUUCGCUCGUUCGUUCAUUCAUUCAUUCAUUCAGCGUGUCCGUGAGCACCUGCCCGCCCCGACAGAGGAGGGCUCCACCUCCCCCCCCUCCCCCCUGGACCCCCGAGAGGCCACGUUUCUGGCGCUGGGCCUCUCGCAUCUCGGGUGGCGCGACCUGCCCACCUUACACGGCCUCGCCACCCUUGUUGUGGAGCACUGCAGUAGGGGCAAGGGCGGAGAUGGGGAGGGGGAGAGGCUGUCGGGGGCUCAGCUGUCGACGCUGCUGCUGUCUUUCGCGACGCUUGGCGUGCAGCAUCCCUCGCUGUACCAGCAUCUGUGCCGGGAGAUUGCCGGUAGGUGGGCGAGAGGGGGUGGGUGGAUGGAUGGAUGGUGUGGUGUGUGGCCAUGUAGAUAGUUUGCCGUCCUUGGCCCCUCAGCACCUGGCGAAUGUCGUCUUGGGCUUGGCCACCUAUGGCGACUACCCGAUUCACCUCAUGACGGUACAAACAGACACACUGAUAGACCGAUAGGCACACACGAGAAAGCCAUCGUCAAUCACUCUGUUCCUCUCCAUCCCUCCCUCCCUCCCUCCCUCCCCUCUGUGCAGGCCAUCGAGAGCCGUCUGAGUGCGGUGCUGUCUCUGUACAAGACCGAGGAUCUGCUGACGGUGGCCUGGUCGCUGGUCGCUUUGCAGUUCUUCAGUGUGGACCUGUUGGCGCACAUCGGUGCGGCCAUGGCGCGCACACUCGACCGCACGGCGCUGAGCCAGGACAAGGAGCGGCAGCUGCACCAGUUCUCCCUCACCAUCGAGCUUGAGGCGCCGGCAGAGAUCAAAGAGGUCCGUCUGUGUGUGGGGGGCUGGCUGGCUGACAGGUGUGAAUCUAUCGGCAUCCCUCGUUCGUUCGUUGCCGGCUGUUGUGCGCAGAAAUUGGUUGAGAAGGGCGUGUGGAACACGCUGUACCAGGUGGGUAGCGAUCGAAUCGACACACUCCCAUAAAACAAACACGCAUGCAGCGUCAAAGGUGAUGGAUGCUCGCUAUGCCUCGGGGUGUGUGUGUGUGUGUGUGUGUGAGCCUGAGUCCGUCCCCACAGAGCCGGCGAGCGACAGCCACCCGACCGUCAAGGCCAUCGUCCAACAGGUGCUAUGCCGUGUCACACACAGAUAAAUAGCUGUGUGUGUGUCACGUGAUGUGUCUGUCCUUCCCCUCUCUCAGCUGUCGUCGUGUCUUGACGCCCUUCAUGUGCCGCACGAGCAGUUCCUCACCGUCGACGGCUUCUACACGGCCGACAUAGCUGCCACGGCACCACCGCACCUCACACACACACAAGUGGGGGCACCAGUAUCGGCAGCAGCGAAGGAGGAGGCCAACUGUCGAGUGUUCUUUCAUGUGGACGACUCGACGUACGAUGACUUCGCCGAGCCGCUGGACCCCUGGGUGACGCUCAAACACCGGCACGUCGUCGAGCUGGGAUGGAAGCUGGUACUGUACCACACACAGAGAGCAGAGAGCAGAGAGACAGGGAGAGAGAGGGCCCGCAAUGGGCCUUGGGCCUCUGCUGUAUGUGUUGUCUGACUGCAGGUGUGGGUUCGCGUGAGCGACUGGGAUGCGCUGGACAGUGACGGCGAGCGCAUGACGUACGUCAAGAGGGAGCUGACGGGCGAGACCACCGCAGACGUCACAGACGACACACACGAGGAGGAGGAUGGUCAUGAUGUGGAUAUCGAUGAGUCGGGCAAGAGCAGAUAGACCUGGCGUGCGGUGAUGUGCGGUGAUGUGUGUGAUGGCUGAGUGUCCGGUCACUUGUUUUUCGUUCGUCGGUGGAGGGAUGGACGGGAUGGACGGAUGGGCCCACUAAUUUACACACACUUAGAUGACAUGAAUGGUCGAUUUGUCGAAA